AUGGGUCUUCUAGUCAUUAACCGACUUGACCUCAGAGCCUUGGGAACUGCCCUCGAUUGGCCUGAUGCCAAGAAGCGCGCCCCUCAAGUAAGAGAAUGGGGUAUCAAGCAACUCCUUGAAAUAUGGAAUAAAGCUAAGGGCAAGGAGCGCGACGCUCUCCUCUGGGGUGACGAGGUUGAGUACCUUGUUGUGGUCUACUCGGAGGACAACCAGCGAGUGCUGUUGUCUCUCCGCCAAGCAGAGAUUCUUGAGGCAUUAGCUGCCGAUAAAGACCUCAAGAAGCAGGGUGGCUGUAUUCCGGACCUUCAAGAUGCGAGUGCGGCGUCUGACACGAAAAAAACAGAGAGAACCAUUCCUGUAUUCCACCCCGAGUUUGGUCGGUUCAUGUUAGAAGCAACUCCGGGUAAGCCUUGGGGUAUCGGCUUUAAGGAGCUCCUCGACGUGGAACCGGACAUGAAGCUGCGAAGGAAGAUUGCAAAAGAACACAUGCUCUCCACAGAAUAUCCUAUCACACUGACCACCUACCCUCAAAUCGGCGCUCCUGGGCAAUUUACCGACCCCUACUUCCCACCCUCAGGGCCCCGUCUCCGUUCGCAAUUUGUUCCGGAUGAGAUCGCCAACCCUCACAUCAGAUUCCCAACCCUAGCAGCCAAUAUUCGUUCUCGAAGGGGUCGCAAGGUUCAGGUCAAUGUUCCUAUCUAUCACGACAAGAACACCCCGAAACCCUGGAAGGAUCCCACUGUCGACUUUGAUAAGCAUGACUGGCCGGAAGAUGACGAUGUGCGGAACGGAGCUGCCCCUGAUGACUUCAUCCACAUGGAUGCAAUGGCCUUCGGAAUGGGCAGUUGCUGUCUCCAGAUCACUUUCCAAGCCAAGAAUAUCACCGAAGGAAGAAUGCUUUACGACCAGCUCAGCCCACUGGGUCCCAUCAUGCUGGCCUUGACCGCCGCCACACCCGUCUAUAAGGGGUUCCUUGCCAACACCGAUGUGCGGUGGAACCAGAUCAGCCGCUCUGUUGACUGCAGAACACCCGAGGAAUUAGGUGAAAAGCCUCUGACUGAAGGGGUUCGAAGGAUACCCAAGUCACGAUAUGCAUCAAACUCGACAUAUAUCGCCAUCGAUCCGCGAUUGAGGAACGAGUACCUCGACCCUGAUCUGGUCUAUGACUCAGAUAUCAAACGACAACUCCUUGAGGGCGGUAUGGACGAUCGCCUGGCAACUCAUUUUGCCCAUCUCUUCAUUCGAGACCCUAUUGUCGUCUUUGAAGAAGACCUUCAGGAGCUAGACCUGAGCAAGACAGAUCACUUUGAGAACAUUCAGUCCACUAACUGGCAGCACAUGCGCUUUAAGCCUCCGCCUGCCGACAACAGCAUCGGCUGGCGAGUCGAGUUCCGUUCCAUGGAGAUUCAGAUCACGGAUUUUGAGAAUGCUGCUUUCUCCGUCUUUAUGGUUCUGGUGACACGCGCGAUCCUGUCUUUUGACCUCAACUUCUACAUCCCCAUCAAGAAGGUCGACGAGAACAUGGAGCGCGCGCAUGAGGUGGAUGCUGUUUUGAAGGAAAAGUUCUACUUCCGACGCAAUCCUUUCCCCAGCCGCCCCUCGAGAGCCAACACUACAUUCGGUGACGAUAGCCGGCCAGGAUCAGCCCAUCCCAGUCGGCCGGCUUCCCCUGGCGGUCUUGUAGAGCACGAGUUUGAAGAGAUGACUGUGAACGACAUAAUCAAUGGAUCAGAGUCGGGCGAAUUUCCCGGCCUAAUCCCUAUCGUCGAGAGCUAUCUUGACAGCGUCAACGUCGAUGUAUCAACUCGAUGCCAUCUGUCGACGUAUCUCGACCUGAUUUCUAGACGAGCCCGAGGAGACCUCGACACCACAGCCCGAUGGAUCCGCAAUUUCAUUGAUGUGCACCCCAAGUACAAGCACGACAGUGUCGUAAACGACGAGAUCAACCACGACCUUAUCGGCGCUGUGAUUGCCAUCGGCGAGCGAGAGACGGCUGGCCGCAACUUUGCAGGUCUCGGCAUCCAUGGCCUAGAGCGUUUGCUGAACGGCUUCCGCGGAGGAUGCGGCGGCGGAGGCAACACCUCUAACGGAGACGCCAACGGAGCCGAGACGGAGGCCAUCAACGGCUCACUCAAGCGUAAGAGCGAGUGGAUCGAGGGCCAAGAGACGGCACCAUGA